CUGAUCUCAUCGCCGCAACUGCUCAGUGAGCAUCCCACUUGGUUAAUCAAUUUGAUUAAAAACUUACGAAUCCUAAACCCUUAAACCCUAAAAUUUAAAUCAUUGAUGGCGAUGUCUCUCACAGAACUCGAUGAUGAGACUGUACGCAGUAUGUCGAUUGGAGCCGUUUUUGCAGACUUUGGUGGAAAAAUCAAUUCAGUUGAUUUUCAUCGUACCAAGGAUCUACUGGUUACUGCUAGUGACGAUGACUCAGUGCGGCUUUAUGACAUUGCAAAUGCAACUUUGUUGAAGACCACAUAUCAUAAGAAGCAUGGUGCUGAUCGUAUAUGCUUUACACACCAUCCAAGCUCUGUUAUAUGCUCUUCGAGAUACAAGACAGAUUCCAACGAUGAACCCCUGCGAUAUCUUUCCAUGUAUGACAAUCGAUGCCUUCGCUACUUCAAAGGGCACAAAGAGAGAGUUGUUUCACUCUGCAUGUCUCCAAUUAAUGACAGCUUCAUGUCUGGUUCACUUGAUCACAGUGUCAGAAUAUGGGAUCUUCGUGUAAAUGCUUGCCAGGGACUCCUUCAUUUGCGAGGUAGGCCUACAGUUGCAUACGAUCAACAGGGUCUUGUUUUUGCGGUAGCAAUGGAAGGGGGUGCUAUUAAACUGUUCGAUUCACGUUCUUAUGAUAAGGGUCCAUUUGACACCUUUUUUGUUGGAGGAGAUACGGCUGAGGUCUCAGAUAUUAAAUUUAGCAAUGAUGGAAAAUCUAUGCUUUUGACAACAACAAAUAGCAAUAUCUAUGUUCUUGAUGCAUAUGCAGGGGAGAAGCGAUGUGGCUUCAGCUUGGAACCAUCUUCAAAUACAGGCAUAGAGGCAACUUUUACCCCAGAUGGGCAAUAUGUGGUUUCAAGCUCAGGAGAUGGAACCUUGCAUGCAUGGAGUAUCAACAUGAGAAAUGAGGUUGCAUGCUGGAAUAGCCACAUUGGUGUAGCAACUUGCUUGAAGUGGGCACCCCGUAGGGCCAUGUUUGUUGCCGCGUCUACUGUUCUUACAUUUUGGAUUCCGAAUAAUGGGAAGUUGAAUCCAGAAUCUCUUGCCAGGGAUCUUGAUGCUGCAGUAUAGCGAGGAAACAUUAUCAGUUUAAUCCUGGUAUUUCAUUCUCUGCUCUACCUUGUGAUAUCAGUGUCAAAUCGAAGCUCUGUGGGUAAAAAUGCAUUACUAAUGAGAGUUUAUAUGGAAUCUCAGCAAACUGUUAGAAUACCAAAAAUGCAGCAACUGUGGUGACAUAGCUCAUGUAUUGCAUUUUCCAUUCCUACCCAAGUCAAGCUUUUGUGAAAUCUAUGAUGCAAGCUUCUCUAGACUCUAGUCAUGGGUGCAAUACACCCUUAAAGCAUAGUCCACCUAACUUCUCAUCUUCGGGAUAA